GUUCGUAAUUUUGAAUCGGGGGGUGAAGUUUACWGUGAGCUGACAGACUUUUACUGAGUUCACUGUUGGUGCGCUCUCGGUGCGUCACGCGCUCAGACGCUCCGCUGGAAGUGCGCGACUCCCGACCAUCCUACAUGCGAAGGCAGCAGAGACUCCAGCUUCCCUCUGAGUUCAACAAGCUGCGGKUUUUUCCCAACAUCCAAUUCGCUUCUGCUUCUUGUGGCUGAAUCUGGGUGAAAUGGAUGUCAUACCGAUGUGCAGCAUCUUCCAGGAGCUCCAAAUCGUCCACGACACGGGAUACUUUUCUGCUUUACCGUCUCUGGAAGAAUACUGGCAGCAGACAUGCCUCGAGUUGGAAAGAUACCUCCAGAGCGAGCCCUACGUCUCUGCCACGGACCUCAAAUUUGAGAACCAAGAGGACCUGUGGAGCAAGCUGAUGCUCGCCUGCGGGGACAAGUCGAACGAGUCCGACCCAAAGAUCCCUCGCAUCAAGGAGGAGGUAGACAAUCAGGACAGCCAGCACCUGGACGCCGGCGGCUUCAGCUCGGACGCCAGCAGCGAGGCCUCGGACAGCUCCGAAGAGCUCUCCCCCACCCUCGACUUCGCCUCCGGCUCUUUGACUGACAUUCUGGGCGACAGCGGCGAAGACGUGGGCUCCGCCGUCAUCGGCACGCCACCGUCCUCGCCGGAGCUCGGCAAGGACGGGUCGGCGGCCCAGGUUUGGAGCGGGAUACAGACUGCGCUGCACUCGCCCGGGAAAGUAAGGACUGGCGGCACGGAGAGGACCGCAGAAAGGUCCGGGGUGACGAGCGGCGAGGCGUCGCCCGACGGCCGGAGACGGGUCCACCGGUGCCACUUCAACGGCUGCAGGAAGGUGUACACCAAGAGCUCCCACCUCAAAGCACACCAGCGCACACACACAGGUGAGAAGCCUUACAGGUGUUCAUGGGAGGGCUGCGAUUGGCGCUUUGCACGAAGUGAUGAACUCACCCGACACUUCAGGAAGCACACUGGAGCCAAGCCAUUUAAAUGCAGUCACUGCGACAGGUGUUUCUCUCGCUCCGAUCACCUGGCACUGCACAUGAAGAGGCACAUCUAAGAUGGCCUCCAUGUUGAGAGCUCUGAGGGAUGAGUCUGCUUGAUUGUCCUGACCUGUUUUUUGGGGGGGAUCAGCAAGGCCGGUGUGUCCUGGGAGCAUUAACAAGAGCACCGCCGUGUUCCAGUCAGUGGAGAAAAAAAAAAACAACCACGAAGCAACGCAGGCUAUUAUUUGCACCGUACUCAGUGCCUCCAACACCUCGCUGUGGUGAUUGCUCUUGAAAGGCUUUUACAGAGGAGCCGGACGGUAAAAGAGAGACCUGGUUAAAAAAAAAUUGGAGGGAGGGAACGAUCUUGGCUGGAGAAGAUGGGAAGAGACUCUUCUGUAUGGUGUUCAACGCUUUUUUGUGUGUGUUUCCUGGAGGAUUAUGGGACUCCAGGGGUGGGGUGUGUGUGGGGGGGUUACCAUUCCUCCAUUGAAAGUGUGUUUGCCUGUACGCAUGGGACUGUGAGUGCCUGUGACUGGAUCCCUGUGCUGGCUGUGUGGAGCGGAUGGAGCCUGCGAGUGAAUGACAUGGACGGGUUGAUGUUAUACAAAUGAGAUUUUCUUUUGGGGGAGGGGGGAGGGGGAGGUCAUCCGUUGUCCCACAGAGAAUGAAUGAACGCAAAAGGUUCUGUCUGUGUCGAUUGAGUCUGUUUGUGAUGGAAAAUGCGGGGUGGGGUUGUUUUGAAAGAGACAAUCCAGAGGGCGCCCCCUGCCUGCCAGGAGGCGGAACACCAGCUUCCUGCCCAAACCGUGAGAAGUUGUUUUGUUUAGUGCAGCUGUUAAAUGUGCAAUGUAUUACUUGGCCUGUCUCAGAACAUACAUGCUAUAAAGCUCAUUUUGUUGUCCAUUGUGUAAGCAUUGUAUCUUAAAAGGAAAAAAAAAAAGAAAAAAAAAGAAAACAGUUACUGCCAUUAUAACAGCCGUUGCAUGGGACCUGGGGAUGUGUUGCUCACUUGUUUGCUUAUAGGACAACAAAACUCCGUUGAAGUGCAGCUACCUUCAUCAUAUUCAGCAUCAUAGUAUUGUAUAAAUCACAUAAGGCAGUCUUUUUUUUUUCUUGAGACAUUGGGGAAACCACUAUCAUUCGGCAACUGUCUUAAAUAUGGGAUUUUUGCUCUUUUUUUUCUUUCACAUUUGCUUUUUUGUUCUAUCUGUAAAUGCACUGUUGACCUUACUGAUGCCUUAUGUAAGUGGCCUUGUCCUGUUAAAAAGAUCACUCUCACACACUCACGCACCAAACGGCCAUUGCUAAAGCAGGAAUGCGUUUAAUAAUUAGCUUUAUAAAGGCUCUGAUCCAUACAGUUGCACCUUUUUUUAUUAUUUUUUUCCUCUCACAAAAUUUUCUCUAAACUCUUGAAUAAGAAAAUGUAUCAGCUUCAUAAUGACUGCCAUUUUUACAUUUCUGCUCGUUUUUUUUCCAAAUAUACCAUCAAAUAUAUCAGACUUGACAUAUUCUUCUAAAUGACCCAGAUCGGAGACAGAAUUGUAGRGUUUAUCACCGUUUUAAUAUGGUUUACUACUAUGUAGUACGAGACGAUGUGGCUGCGCUGCAGAUGAUCUAUAACCUGCUGUCAAAGGUACAGAACCUUGGAAACAUGUUCUCGUGAAACGUUGAGGUCACUCACGACUGUAGUGACAAUACAGAAUUUACCGCAAAGGAAAACAUAAACAUCAGGGCCGUUUCUGUCAGGUGACGUGUCGAACGCUUACAUUCUCCAGAGAACGUGGUGUGUCCUGUCAGCAGUCUGAAUCACAAGUCUGUUUGGACGUAUGUUUUGUUUCGUCUCGCCGUGAGUCGGAAUGUUUUUUACUUUAAACAACAUUUAAUCCUACUGUAAAGGUACCACAACCGSUCUAACGAGUUCAGCUGAGCUGUUUUUUUGGGUUUAACUUAAAAAUUUUUCUUCUGUAUCUAAAUUGAAAUAGGACUGGGACCAGAUGUCUGUUUUUACACUUCUCACUGUUUGCAUGUUUUAAGUUUCAGGAGUUUCACACAAAUUCUCAGCAGGUUGAUGAAAUCUUUUUAUUCCCCUGUUUAAGCCCUGUGCAGUUGGACCUGUUGUAAAUGAACAAAUCUGUUAGUAAGGCUUCUUUUCACAAUGAGAAAUGUCUAAAAUGCAAAGCUGCAUUACGUUGUAAACUAAAGGUUUUGUAARGAAGCAUAUAUUUUGAAUGGGGUUUGGGACCAAAAGCAGUGUACUGUUUCUAAUAUAAAAGGUUAAAAGGAUGAAGAAUAACUGUAAAAUAGGAGCACUCCAUUUUUUUUGUGUAACUUUUGUUUCAUGGAAAAGAAAAAAAAAUCAAUUCAUAWUUUGAAACGGCAUCAUGAGCUACACCUGUGGCCUGUCAUUUUUCAAAUAAAACCUGUGACUUGUUCUGGA